GAAGAAGAAGAAGAAGAAGAAGAAGAAGAAGAAGAAGAAGCGGAGAACAAUGGCGGCGCCCGGUGCGACGCGCGACGUCUUGUCGGAUGUUGAGAAGAAUCUCGCGGAGGAGAAGGACGGGAGGAAAGCCGUGUGUUUGCUCGUGCUCGGCAUGGCCGGAUCCGGAAAGACGACCUUCGUUCAGAGGCUGACGGCUCACCUUCGCAGCCUCCAAAGUCCUCCUUACGUCAUCAACCUGGACCCCGCCGUCCGCGACCUUCCCUUCCCCGCCAAUAUCGACAUUCGGGACACGGUCAACUACAAAGAGGUGAUGAAGCAGUACGGCCUGGGACCCAACGGCGCCAUCGUCACCUCGCUCAACCUGUUUGCCACGCGCUUUGAUCAGGUGAUGCACUUCAUCGAGAAGAAGCGGCACGAUCACAGGUACGUCCUGAUCGACACGCCGGGCCAGAUCGAAGUGUUCACGUGGUCGGCGUCCGGCAGCAUCAUCACGGAAGCUCUGGCGUCGUCCUUCCCCUGCGUGGUGGUCUACGUCAUGGACACGUCUCGCAGCGUCAGCCCCGUCACCUUCAUGUCCAACAUGCUGUACGCCUGCAGCAUCCUCUACAAGACCAAGCUCCCCUUCAUCGUGCUCAUGAACAAAACGGACAUCAUCGGGGAAAGCUUCGCCGUGGAGUGGAUGAACGACUUUGAGGCUUUCCAGGACGCCCUGAACCAGGAGAGAUCCUACGUCAGCAACCUGACGCGCUCCAUGAGUCUGGUCCUGGACCGCUUCUACUCCGACCUCAGGGUGGUGGGCGCGUCGUCGGUGACGGGCGCCGGCUUGGACCAGCUGCUGGCGAAGGUGCGGGAGGCGGCCGACGAGUACGAGCGGGAUUAUCGGCCGGAAUACGAGCGACUUCGCAAGCGGCUGCUGGAGGCCGAAAGCGGGAAACGCCGAGAGCAGCUGGAGCGACUCGGCAGGGACCUCGGCGCCGUCCGCAUGACCACCGAUUCGGGCGCAGAAACGGCCAGCGCGGGCGGGCCCAGCGACCUCAUCAUGACCCGCGGCGCCGAAGACGACGACGACGAGGCAGCGAGCGACACGGAUGACGUGGACCGCGGCGGGGCGGAGGAGAGCAGAGAGAAGGAGGCCUUUGGAAACUUCCUGCGGGAGAGGAGGGAGGCGGCGGCGGAAGGGCCCAAUCGCAAGUGCCGCUUACCCCCGGGCCCUUGACGCGGGAUGUCCUCAAAGCCCCGCCCCCUCCCCUCCCUUUUUCUUCUCGUGGCCUCUUGGUUCCCAGCUCGCGCGGCGCCCUUUGCCGGGCGGGGGCUCUGCCCGUCGAGCCGGCUUUCUUUUCCGCCGCCCUCAUCCGAGCCUCCGAUCGAGGCCCAGGGGCCGGCGGCGCCCCUUUUCCACCUGGAACUCGCUCGAUCGGAAUCAUCGACUCCCGACGAUUCGGAUCGGCCGGGAGCGACGGACGGCGGCCCGCGACGACC